GGCGCGGGGCGGCGCAUGCGCGGCAGGCAGUGCCGACGGCGCCGUUGGGCCCUGGGCCGGUGGCUGCCGUCCGGUCCCGUCCCGCUCCGCUCCCGGCGGCGCCCUCAGCCCUCGCCUCCCGCGGCGCGCACACGCACCCCGCAAUGGCGAGCAGGGAAGACUGUGUGCCUGUGGGGUGUCAGUGCUGGCCCAAAAGAAGGCAGAGUUGUUGAUGCAAAGCCAGCCUUUACUGGACACUCUGCAGUAGUAGAAGAUGUGGCCUGGCACCUGCUUCAUGAAUCUCUCUUUGGAGCUGUGGCUGAUGAUCAGAAGCUCAUGAUUUUAUCCAUGGAGGCCACACUGCCAAGAUUUCAGACUUCAGCUGGAACCCAAACGAGCCCUGGGUCAUCUGCUCCGUGUCAGAGGACAACAUCAUGCAGACCUGGCAGAUGGCAGAAAACAUUUACAACGAUGAAGACCCAGACAUAGCAGCAGCUGAACUGGAGGGUCAAGGAGCGUAACUCUUCCUCCUGGGGGUGACAUCUUCCUCAUCAUGAUCAUCUUUGGCUACUGUAUGUGUUAAAAAGAAAGAAAUGAGUGCCCCUAACAACAGCAACCCAGCCCAGGCCCCUGACCAUCAGCCAAGCGCUGGGCAGAGGCUUUACUUGAUCAGACAUCAGCCAGGCAGGUGGCGUGGGGCAGGGUUCCUGCUUUGGGCCCUGGGAGCUGUUUGCUGCACAACAAGGAGGGGGUGGGGAAAGGCAGAGUGACCUUUUUAACAGCCUGCUGGGGUGCCUGUACACAGAGCAGCCCCCUCCUCCCCCUCCCCACACACCGUGCACCGAGCCCAGGCCUGUAUGGAGGUGUAACAAGCAGCCUGGCACCUGUGCACCACACGUUGGGAGUGGUUGGCAUAAAUAAACGCUACUGAAGGAAA